AUGGGACUCCAUCAGAGCACCCAAGUCGUGGAGUUUGAAGAUGCUUCGCUGUGUGGACAGACCAAGGUGAGAGUUGAAGCUCUGCAGUCUGGAGACGUGCUUCUGUGCAGUGAGCCAGUUUUCUCCAGUGGGGGUGCAUGCUUCAUGCGGAGCUGCCUUUGUUGGAAGGUCCACCACAUGGGCCUGGUGAUCAACCCUGCAGACUUUUCGGCGGAGUCGCACGUCCGCCGUGCGCACCCCGAGAUAGAGGAGGGCAAGAUGUAUGUUUUUCACGCGCUUGUGACUGGCAUGAAAGUCUGGGACCUGGAGCGCUACAUUAGUCGAAUCCGCGAAGCUUGUAUCCUGCCAGGACAAGCCUGGGUUCGUCAGCUCCAGCCCACGGAUGGAAGGAAUUCAGAGUUUCGCAAGCAGCUUGUCGCAGACCUGGAUGCCGCUUUUGAGGAGUUGCAAAGCCGACCCUAUGAGAAAGGCCAGUUGGCAACCAUCCAAGCCUACUGUGACUGCGUGGAGGUGUGUGGCCUUUGCCAGGGCAAGCAGGACUGCUCGCGGUGUCAGUGUGUUGGCUGCAUGCACCAAGGGAAAGCCCGGCCAGCAUGCCAGCAUGCCGCUAGUACAUGCAGGCUCCUACCACAGACGCUGUGCCGAGCAGUUUAG